CCGUGUGAGGAGCGCGCCGGGCUGAGGCGCUGCUGGCGCGGAGGCAGUGGCGCUGGGAGCCGGGGCUGGAGACGUGAAGUCCGGGGCGAGCGGGGAAGCGAGGAACGAGGCUGGAAGGAGGCAGCCAGCGAGAAGCGAGGCGGCUGGAUCUCACGUCCAGCGGCAACCGAUCCCCGCGCCCCGCGCGCCCGGGGCCUGGGCAUCCCUGGGACGGGCGUGUGCGCGGGGCCUCGCGGUGGCGCGGGGUCCCCGCAGUGCCGCCCGCCUGAGCGCCAGGCUCGCAGGAGCCGGGCUUUCACUUCCUCUCGCCUCCGCCCGCGUCCCCAGCUCGCCGGCUGGCGUCGCCACCCCUCCUGGUCCCCGGCCACCGCUGUCGCCGCUGCUGCAAGCCAGGACGCACACUUCACUUUCCCGCUGGAGGCGGAGGAUGCCCCUUGCACCAGCCCUGGAGAAAGAGCCCCGGGCCCGGCUGGAGGAGCCUUGGCCGCGAGGAAGGAGAUCUGGACUCCGAUCUCCUUGAUGCCACUGCAGCAGCUGACAGCUGGGAAGGCGCCCACAGAGCGGGCACGCCAAGCGGGACGCGGGAGUCUCCGAGAGAGACCCCAGGCGCCUGCUGGGCUCCGCUGGCAGAGUUUGCAAGUGGCUGACACCCCCGCAGGAGAGGGACCAUGGACUUGACCUUUCCCACUAGAAUGUGAGCCUUUCUCAUUCACAGCUUUAUCUCCAGCACCCAGGACAGUGUCUGCUACAUAUAGUAGCUGCUCACUGAACUUUUAUUUUUAAAAAAAAUGGCUCUGGCUGGUGGGGCUCAGUUGGUUGAGCGUCAUCCCAUGCACUGAAAGGUUGCUGUUCCCUGGUCGGGGUGCACACAGGAGGCAACCGAUCCAGAGGCAACCGAUCGAUGAUUGAAAUGUUCGAGAGCCUUCGAGCUCCGGCCUCUGUGUGGAAGCUUCUCAUGCCAGUGUCUGUGCUGCGUUGCAGGUGGCAGCCCUGAGCCCUGAUGCUUGACCGGAUGGAAGCCCACCAGCUUCUGUUUCCACAAGUGGACACACAGAGCGUGGUCCCCAGCUGGGAAAGAAGCCGGAAACGGCCUCGGUGAAACAGUCCAGCCCCAACCGGCCUGAGCAGCUGAGAAAGGCGAGGAGGGCGCUGUGGCUGCUGCUGACCCGCGAAUCCUCCUCCACUUGCUCCUCUCAAAGCUCUGUGGGGCUCUCUGAGGCCAAGAACAAGAUGUAGGAAAAUGGGACCAACUCCUGGGUGUCCUGAGCCUCAAAACUCCUCUUGUGGCCCAAAGACGCUCACCUUGACCUUGGGUGGGCUGGUCAGCCACGUGCUAGACGCCCUCCAGCUCUGAUCCUGGCAGUUGCCUUUGCAGAAGGAAGAAGACUGAAGGCUCCCAGGGGUUCCAACCCUAAGGGGAGCUGGGGAAAGGAAACCCCCUCCAUCCCUGCCCUGUGGCCCCUCCAGCCAAGCCCCGGCCAGCCAGUCCGGAAUGAUCCCGCUAUGGCCAAGCUCUGGUUCAAGUUCCAGCGGUACUUCCGCCGAAAACCUGUGCGUUUCUUUACCUUCCUGGUGCUCUACCUGACGGCCGGGAGCCUCGUCUUCCUUCACGCUGGCUUUGUGGGCCAGCCGGCCGUCUCCCAGAACCAGGCCAGCCCUGCCGCCAGGGCCCCGGCCGAGGGCGCCGAGCUGCCCUUCCUCGGAGACUGGCAUCUGGGCAGAGGCUUCAGGGACGCGGGGGAAACCUUGAGCCUCGCCCACAGAUACGGACACGGACCCUGGUUCAAGGGCAAAGAUGGGAAUGAGAGAGCCAAGCUGGGCGACUACGGAGGUGGAGCCUGGAGCCGAGCCCUCAAGGGGAGGGCUGUCCGGGAGAAGGAGGAGGAGCGAGCCAAGUACAUCGGCUGCUACCUGGACGACACCCAGAGUCGGGCCCUGCGAGGCGUGUCCUUUUUCGACUACAAAAAGAUGACCGUCUUCCGUUGCCAGGACAACUGUGCAGAACGGGGUUACCUGUAUGCCGGGCUGGAGUUCGGCGCCGAGUGCUACUGCGGCCACAAGAUCCAGGCAACAAACGUGAGCGAGGCCGAGUGCGACAUGGAGUGCAAGGGCGAGCGAGGCAGCCUGUGCGGCGGCGCCAACCGCCUCUCUGUCUACCGGCUGCAGCUGGCCCAGGAGUCGGCCCGCAGGUAUGGAAGUGCGGUCUUCCGAGGCUGCUUCCGCAGGCCCCACAACCUCUCCCUGGCCCUGCCCGUGACGGCCGCCAUGCCAAACAUGUCCGUGGACAAGUGUGUGGACCUCUGCACAGAGAAGGAGUACCCGCUGGCAGCCCUUGCAGGCACCUCAUGCCACUGUGGCUUCCCCACCACGCGAUUCCCCCUGCACGAGAGAGAAGACGAACAGCUGUGUGCCCAGAAGUGCAGCGCGGAGGAGUUUGAGAGCUGCGGGACCCCCAGUUACUUCAUCGUGUACCAGACGCAGGUGCAGGACAACCGCUGCAUGGACAGAAGGUUCCUCCCAGCCAAGUCCAAGCAGCUCAUCGCUCUGGCCAGCUUCCCAGGUGCCGGCAACACGUGGGCUCGCCACCUCAUCGAGCUGGCCACCGGCUUCUACACCGGCAGCUACUACUUCGAUGGUUCUCUCUACAACAAAGGGUUUAAAGGUGAGCGGGACCACUGGCGCAGCGGGAGGACCAUCUGCAUCAAGACACACGAGAGCGGCCAGAAGGAGAUCGAGGCCUUCGAUGCCGCCAUCCUGCUCAUCCGCAACCCCUACAAGGCCCUCAUGGCGGAGUUCAACCGCAAGUACGGCGGCCACAUCGGCUUCGCUGCGCAUGCGCACUGGAAGGGCAAAGAGUGGCCCGAGUUCGUGAGGAACUACGCCCCGUGGUGGGCCACGCACACGCUGGACUGGCUCAAGUUCGGCAAGAAGGUGCUGGUGGUGCACUUCGAGGACCUGAAGCAGGACCUGUUCGUGCAGCUGGGCCGGAUGGUCCGCCUGCUGGGCGUGGCCGUCCGCGAGGACCGGCUGCUGUGCGUGGAGAGCCAGAAGGACGGCAACUUCAAGCGCUCGGGGCUGCGCAAGCUGGAGUACGACCCCUACACGGCGGACAUGAGGAGGACCAUCCAGGCCUACAUCAAGCUGGUGGACGCGGCCCUGAAGGGGCGGAACCUCACGGGCGUGCCCGACGACUACUACCCCAGAUGAUGGGCCCACCGGGAGGGGCCUCGAGACCCCUGGGGACCCCGCCCACCCGUCUGGCCCCUUUUUGGUCUGGGGACAGCCCCCUCGGCUGCUGCUGGCCUUCAGCGCGUUUCCUGCGUGACACAGGAGCCUCAGGGGACAGCCACCUGCUCACAGCCCUUCACAGCCCAGGAGGCCCCUGAUCAGGGAGCCCCAGCCACACAGGCUUCUGUCUCCCACGGCCCUGCCCCCACCACUCUGGUUCUCCCCGUGGGAGGGCGGGCUCCUGCGUGUCCCGGAGACUCGGGUGCCUCCCACGGUGCUGAGGACCUGGGUGCUGGGAAAGGUGCCCCCGGCGCUCCGCCCCCCGGGGCUGGGCUCUCGCGGGCUCUUCUCUCCACCAAACAGCAGCGAGCGGCCCCGGGUUCACCAGGCCACUUGGGUGGGAGAAGGGUUGUGGAGGUUUCUCUCUGGCGUCCCGUUUCUGACACUCCAGGUGGGUGGGGGAGCCCCAGUGCUCGCAGGAGGUUCACCGGCACCACCAGGUGGGGCCCUGCAUCACCAGCCCACCCCCAGGUCACACUGCUCCUGAGACGGAGCUAAGGUCAAAUUCUGCCCUUUCCUCCCCCACUGGGCCCAGGAGGUGACCUGGGGAUCCCUGGUCCCACGUCCAGGGUUCUCCGGGCACCAACAGUUAGCCCAGCAGAUGGCCGAGGGCCCGGGCAGACUCUGAGUGAAAAGGGGAGCCCCGUCACAGUCCUCCACCGCGGGUGCGGCACAUGGAGCUCACACUGCCUCUGACCCCCGCCGCCGGGGCCUGCGCUCUCCAGUGAGAGAGCAAGGGUGCUCCCGGCCAGGCGGGGCCAGACCCAAAAGAGACCCAGCUCCCUUCCCGCACCAUCGGCCUCCCGUGAUCACAGUCCCAAAGGGGUGGCUUCCCGCUCCACUCGAGGCCUUUGAGGAAUGAAGCGAAUGCGAUGGCUCUUCACUUCCACACAGACGCCGCUCCCCGAAGCUGAGACAUCAAACCAAAGGAUUCCUGGGGACCCCGUGUCCCCAAUCCUCGAUCUUCGAAAGCAUGGAUCCAGGAUCCCUCCGCUUCCCCACCUUGGAGACCAGCGGCUUCCCACCUGAGCUCCUGCACCGCCCCCAUCACGUAGAUGCAAAAGCCAUAGGUCACAGCUCUUCACUGUUCUGUCCGGAGCACCCCCUCCCCAGCAGCCCCCCUGAAGCCUUGGGGUGCAAGGACAGACUCACUCCCAAAUAGCCAGGAGGCCAUGGAGAAGGCGAGCGUAAAGAGAUAUAUUUUUUUAAGAGGAAUAUGACUAAUACAUUCUGCCCCCUGGAAGCUGGCCAUGCAAAGCCAAGGGGCCAGGGGCUCAGACCUGCGAUUCUUGCCCUGAGCCCCUCCCCUGUCGGCUGUGGACGACCCCAGGGCCCCCCCACCCCAGGGGCUCUGAAUGUAUUUUGUACCGCGUUUCUUUCCCCCAGGCUCAUGUCUAGUCUUUGGGGAAGCCUCCCCCCGCUUCCACCCACAGGCCAGCUCGCUCUGGGAGCCUCUGGGUCAUGGCCUGGGCCAGCUCUUGGCCGGCGGUCACCUCGGGCCACGGGCCUCUGUCUGAAGAUUCCUCAGGUCAACACCAUCAUUAAAAGUGAGUUUUGUUGAGAAUUCCA